AUGCAAGACAUCCAAAACACCAUCACUUAUGGAGGAACUGCACCCGAAAGAAAUACGGAAAUACUACACAGACUGGGAAAUCUCGAAUCUAACAUAAAGGAGAUAAUAACAGACACAAAGGAAACUAUCUCAGGGAACAUAAAAGAGACAGCAGAAAACAUCACAAAGGAAAUGGAGAAAGUAACGGCACAGGAAACCACAACAUCAACAGGAGUACAAAGGGCAAACACAUACGCAGAGAUCGCUAAGAGCGGAAACGAUCGAAGGCCAAAGACAAUGCAUUCGAUCCUCAUUGCAUCGAAAAACGACAACGAUAUGGCAGAGGAUGUGAUAAAUAAGACGAAGGCAAUAUUAAAACCGGAAAAGAACGGUAUACAGAUUGAAAGGAUAAGGAAAGUAAAGGAUCAAAGAAUAAUAGUCAGCUGUAAGGAGGAACGAGAGAUUCAGAAACUAAAGGAAAGAAUAAAUGAAAGUGAGGAAUUGGAAGCCGAAAAAGUAAAAAACAAGAACCCACUCAUUAUAAUAAAAGAUGUGAAGUAUAAAAUGACAGAUGAGGAAAUAAAAACGGCUAUAAGGAACCAGAAUCCGGAUAUUUACGUGGACGAACAAGAGGAAGAUGACUUCAAAAUACAGACGCAGGACAAGGAACACUGAAAAAUGCCACAUCAUCGCACAACUAAAACCUGCGUACUGGAAAAGGAUUACAGGAAAGGGUCAUCUGUACAUUGAAAUGGAGAGGGUGAGGGUCGAAGACCAGACCUUCUCCCCCUCAUACAGUACACGAUGUACACGAUGUCUCAAUUUUGGACAUGGCAAGAAAUUAUUAUUAUUAUUUUGUCAAGACAGUGCGGACAGAUGCAGCCACUGCGGAGGGCUACACCUGCGGGCAGAAUGCCCAGACAGAAAAGCAGGAGUCCCACCGCAGUGCUGCAACUGCACGCACGCGGAGUUACCAGAAACUGAAUACAAUGCAUUCAGUAACAGCUGCAAAACAAGGGAGAAAUGGGACAGCCUCGUGGAGCCCCGCUCCACAACAGCCUAUGAUUGAGAACAACACAAAACAACACACGAACAAAAAGAACAUGUACGGAAACACAAUACAAACACUGAACAAAAAACACACACACAAAAAGCAGACAACACUAACACAAAACAAUGGAGUGAUUGGAAUGAUGAACAUUCCAAUCAACCCAUCAAACAAGAACAAAAAACAAAACAUAGAGUAGAACAUCAUGGAGAUGCAAAGCUCCAUGUAAACACAUAACACAAAUAAAGAAUAUAUAAAUCGUUAUAUAUAAAACCGGACGAGACCAAACAAGUAAAGAAAUAACAAACAAAAAACCGAAAAAGAAAGAGGAUUACUAUAUAUAUUUAAGCAUAUAUAAAGAGUGACCUUAAAUAUAGGAAUAAUAAAACUAGAUAUAUUAUGAUAGGAAUAAACAAAUAGGAUAGGACAAAAGAGUAAAAUAAAAAAGAAAAAGAAAUACAAAUAGGAAUAAUAGGAUAAGGGAAAUAAUAAUUAAGAAAGAAAACAAGGACGGGCAAAAGUAUUAAAGAAAAAAGUAAACAAAAGUGUAAAUGAAAAUAUAAAUAUAUAAUUACAAGUAUGAAUAGAAAAGACAUGUAUAAAAUAAUAGGAUAAGUAAGUAACAAUACUGUAAUAGAAUAAGCAUAUAUAGAAUAAGAACCAAAAUAAAAAUUGUAUAAGAUACAAAUUAAUAAAGGACAAUGUAACUGGUAGAAGAAGGCAAAAGAAAAUGUAAAUAGAAUAUAAAAACACAUGUAAUAGAAUAAGAGAAAUGUAAUAGAGAAUAAGAAACCAUGUAAAAUAGAGUAAGAUAUUGCUAUGGAAAUAAAAACCAACUUUGUGUAUG